GUGCAGGGUGAAAUCUUAAUUCAGAGUAUGUCUGUUUGCUGAGGCAAGAUUAGGAUAUGGCCGUAUGGUACCCAUACCUGCCGGAGGACGAGUACAAUAUCAGCUCCUAAACAAAGACGUUUACCAAUUUGGAUAUGAUACUGGAACUGGACCCAGUCAGUCCUUUAGAGAAGAAACAAGAGAUGCUGAUGGCAUAGUUCGAGGCCGUUAUGGUUUCAUAGAUCCUUUAGGUGCCUUGAGAAUCAUAGACUACAUGGCGGAUCACACUGGAUUCCAUGUGCUCUCGGCAUUAAGACUAACACCUGAAACUUCAACAUUUUCUGUUCCAAGCACGCCGAGGCCAACUAGACCAAGUAGACCUCCUAAACCGAAGCCCCGCCUUCCAUUCUUAGGACCAAUACCUCCUUUCUUGCCCCGUUUAACCUGAUCUAAACCAAGUCUUGGUUAAAUUAAGUACCAUAAAGACAGGUCGUUUUGAGUUUUAUGCAUCAUGUAUAAUAAAAAAUUUUAAUAUUUUAAAUUACAUAUAUUUAUUUAAUUAAUUAUAUACCGGCUUUGACGGUAUAUAAUUAAUAUAUUGGUCAAUAAAAGUAUGCUUAAUGCU